CAAUUUCAGAACUCUUGUCUACCCCCAGCCUGCCUCUGCUCACAAUUGUCAACUCCAGACUCCCUGUCUUCCCUGAAGACAGAAUGUUCCAGACCAGAGCUCUGAUCCUGAAAGCCCUCUGCUUGGCUUUCCUGCUGAGUCUCCAAGGAGCUGGGGCCAUCAAGGCGGACCACGUGUCAACUUACUUCGCGUUUGCACAGACGCACAGACCAUCAGGGGAGUAUAUGUUUGAGUUUGAUGAGGAUGAGCAGUUCUACGUGGAUCUGGACAAGAAGGAGACGGUCUGGCAUCUGCCGGAGUUUGCCCAAGCCUUUUCCUUCGAGGCUCAGGGUGGGCUGGCUAACAUCGCUAUAUUGAACAGCAACCUGAAUAUCAUGAUCCAGCGUUCCAACCACAGCCAGGACACCAAUGAGCCCCCUGAGGUGAUUGUGUUUCCCAAGGAGCCUGUGGAGCUGGGCCAGCCCAACACCCUCAUCUGCCACAUCGACAAGUUCUUCCCACCCGUGCUUAACGUCACGUGGCUGCGCAAUGGCCAGCCGGUGACCCAGGGCGUCGCGGAGAGCCUCUUCCUGCCCAGAACAGAUUACAACUUCUAUAAGUUCCACUACCUGACCUUCGUGCCCUCGGCCGAUGACGUCUAUGACUGCAAGGUGGAGCACUGGGGCCUGGACAAGCCAUUCCUGAGGCACUGGGAGGCCCAGGAACCCGUCCAGAUGCCUGAGAUGACAGAGACUGUGCUCUGUGCCCUGGGCCUGGUGCUGGGCCUGGCUGGUAUCAUCGCUGGCACCAUCCUCAUCGUAAAGGCUCUGCGUUCUGGUCGUGACCCCCGCGCCCACGGUUCCCUGUGACAAAAUUCCUGAAAAGAAGAGGACAUGGGAGAGAUUUGAAUUCCAGCUGCCCUACAAACUCCCGGUCUCAGCUUCCCUUCUCAGGGCAUGUGCUCUCUACCCCAAUGGCUGAUGGCUGACUUAAUUGCUGAUCUUCAAGUUCUAUCCUUGGUUUUUUGUUUCUUCCUUUUUUUUUUUUUUUUUUGACAGAGUUUUGCUUUAUUGCCCUGGCCAGAAUUCCGUGGCAUUUUCACAGCUCACUACAACCUCAAACUCCUGGACUGAAUCCAUCCUCCUGUCUCAGCCUCCUGAGUAGCUGGAACUAAAGGUGUCCACCACAACACCCAGCUAAUUCUUACUUCCUUUCUUUCUUCCUCUCCUCUACUCUCCUCUGCUCUGCUCUCCUCUGCUCUGCUCUCCUCUCCUCUCCUCUCCUCCCGUCCCCUCCCCUCUUCUCUCUCUUUCUUUCUUUCGUAGAGACAGAGUAUUACUCUUGCUCUUGAGCUUAAAGGGAUCCCAGCCUUUAUCCUUAUUUUUUACCUUAAAGCACUCAGCCCUUAGUAUAGUUCCUGACAAAUAGAAAGUAAUAAAUAAAUGCUGAUGCUUUUGUA